CGACUUGAGCUUGGAGCAAAGCAAGCCGCAGCGCAAGAGAGCACCCCACUCAGCGAUCCCAACCCCAGGGAGAUUCCAACAUGUUCAGCGCACGGGGCCUGAUUAGGAGCGGGCCGGAGGCUGCCGCGGCACUGACAACGAGGUACCAGGAGCAGCCAACCAGCAACAACAAUGCGUCAGACGCGGAGCAGCAACUCCGCCAGCCCAUCUCGGCCUCCGAAGUAGACGAGGCUAGCCAGAUGAUCUUCCAGAGGGCCCCCGCUACCCCUUCUGAUUUUGUCUUCAGCCCUUCGGCGACAGUCCCGUCUGGACCCACGGGCGGACAGGUCUACCCUCGCCUGCGGCGCAACCAGGUCCUGCGAAGAGAAGUUUUGGCCAUGGGCCACCGUCUUGCAGCACACCCUGGCGUGCAGAAUGCUAUCCUGGACGAUCUCGUGGAACAAGGUCGCCGGGUACCCUCAGGGCGGAGAGGCAUCCAUCCCAAUCUGCAGGGACCCCCAGGGAACGAGCGGGGGCUAGCCCGUCUGGUGGACAUGCUAGACUCCGAGGAAGAAAGCUCUCACAGGUCCACUAGGACCAGCCGCAGCGGUCGUGGCGGAAGCUCGGGCCACCUCAUGCUUCAACGCGACCGUCGCGGGCUGUUCCACUACGACGACGAGCCGCCCCUGCCGCACCUGCACCUGGACCCCAGGGUUUCCGCAGAGCUGGAAGGCGUGUACGCGGAGGUGCAAGCCGACGGCUGGCAGCCGUGGCGGGAGGAGGAGAAGUUGGACGGAUCCGAGAGCGGGCUGAGCAGCAGCCGUCUGAGCGACGGAAGGCUCGGCUGCUCGUGCAAGAAGUGCCACGCAUCGUCAGGGUUAAGCCUAGGCACGGAAGAAGAGGAGACGCAAGAGGGCACCUGCUGGAAGGACGUGUUGGCUGAGUUCGAAUGCGACAUCUGCUUCGAUGUGCUCGUAGGGGUGCACGUGCUCGAUAACUGUGGCCAUACCUUCUGUGGCGCCUGCAUGGAGCGCUGGAUCGACAACGCCCCCAGGGGAGAAUGCCCUGUGUGCAGAACACCCGUCGACAAGCUCGUACCCGUGAGGAAGAUGGACGAGAUGAUUGCCAAGGCGGUAGAAGCCGCGGCGCCCAGCAGGGAGCGCGACGCAUGGUUUGAGCGCAAAGCCCAUUGGGAGGGCACCGCAAGGCGACGCCAGGAGGCGAGGGCUGCUGCGGCGGCGGCCCCGUCGCACUCUGUCGUUCACGCCCAAGGAGCCGCCGCCGGCGUUUUCGGUCGCACCGGCGUGGCGAGGUGGUUCGGGGGAACGGACGCAAGAGAAGAAGGCGGUAGACGCAACAGGGGAAGGAGGGAGGAAGAGGGCCGGGGUAGGAGUGACGAGGAUGAGGAUGAUGAUGAUGGAUUCCGUCUGGAUAAGAUGCAGACGGUUCUGGCGGUGGCGGUAAUGUUGGUGAUGGCGGUCAUCAAGAUGAGGGGUCUGCGGUAAACCAUUCCUCCAUUCCUCCAUCCCUCCAUCCUUCUGGAGCUAUUCUCUCUCGAGCUGUUGUCGCGGAGUUCGGGCUUUGGGCGGAAACAACCACUUGAGACUGCGGAAAAUCGUUUUCGCAUGCAGCACAAGAGCUCACGGCAAACCCGAUGCCGGGCCUUGCCUGUUGUCCUUGGCUUUUAAGACGGGGCGUGUCUAUUUAGCACGAUCGCUUUGGCGAGAGGCUCGGGACCCGGUUACAGAGAUGUCAGCACGCCACUUCUGGCGUCUGUAUCUCACCAUGAAGCGGCGGCGUGACGCUCUGGGGGGGCUUAGUGGUCCAGUGUUGAGAGGUGCACGCCCCUGGAGGGGUGGCAUUGUACUACUGUACAAUAGCUGGGAAGAAAUACUGACGAGGGCGGGUGUGGUGUUUAUCCUUCGAGGGCUCAGUGUCCCCCGUCCAGAAUUGGUGAAGGGUCGUCUCUUGUGGUCCACGGGGAGAUGGUGGUGUUGCGGCUUCCUCACACUUAGUGCCUCGGUAUGGAAUAACGGUAACGGCUUUGAAACCGUGGCAAUGGUUGGGAUUGUAAGCUUGGCAGAUGAGGCUCAUUGUUAGUAACAACCUGUUCUCUGGCGGCAAGUCAUGAGGCGCGGUGUAGUCGGGAGAAGUGAAGAAGGGGAGGGGGCCAAGGACAGCAUAUGCCGAAAGCUGUCAACCGAUCCAACGUUUGUCGAAAAGCGCUGGACGCGGCAGUUGUGUUCUUUUCUAGGCUUCGCAUGAGCGGAGUACGGGGGGCCGUGGUCGUAGGGAUGUAUGUACAAUAGGGAAGGGAUUUGGGUUGAGUCGGUGUUAAUAAUUCCAUAGUUCGUUUUGGUCCCGCCUAUUCGGGGCGCCAGUCUACACUUUUUCUCAAUGUGUUGGGACACAGCAGCCGAGGUGACGCGGGUGCAAGGGAGCACAGCGGAAUUGUUUUGUUGUUUUCCUUCGUGGGGGAUACAUAUAGGAAUUAGGGUUUGGAUUUUUUUUGUUUGUUUAUGGGCAUGAUGAUUGUUGUAUUGUUGAAGUUGCAGCCAAGCCUUGUAAGUAUGGAGUUUCGGUGCCGAUAUUGAUACGUUGAUGGCGUUGUGUUUCGAACGGCUCGGUGGGAGUGUGGAAAAUGACAACUGCUACUUUUGCCAACGUUCCUUUUGGGUCUUCAGGUGGUGGAAUCACAGCAGCUUGCGUUAAGCGGCAUCUUCAAGCCC